UUCCCAAGAAGCAUGAGACUUCUGCUGCUGGCUCUUCCUGCCUUUGCUCUUCUACCCCAAGUGAUCCCAGCCUACAGUGGUGAGAAAAAAUGCUUGAACAGAUGGGGGAACUGCAGGAAAAACUGCGAAGAUGGAGAAACGAUGCGGGACACAUGUAAAAACCACCGAGUCUGCUGCGUUCCAGUCAGCAGGGGCAACAAGCCAAAGGCCUCGGUCAGGGUCAGCUGGACCACGGAGGAAACCACGACAAUGGAGUACGAUCUAAACUCAGAAUUCACGAAUGUACUUAGUUAG